AUGAGUUCAGCGUCGCGAGCAAUUAUAUUCGUUAUAUUAAUGAAUUUUUUGCCAGAAAUUUCCGUUCACACAUUGAAGAGCGACGUUUAUUACGGACCCUAUAUCGGAAACAAGGAAACACCAGAAAUAUUUCGUUACGUAACCGAUGAACAGUACGUCCGUCGCAUACAUUCGAUGGUAAAUGCAUACAGCAACAGAGGAGACUUACGCGGGAGAUUAGUUAUUGAAACCAACGCUCUUAUAGACACUAAAUACCGCACAUGGAAACGGAAUGCUGAUCUUAUCAACUCUCUCCUUGCUUUGCCGAAGGGCAUGAAUGAUGCCGGGCGCUAA